AUGUCGAGAAAUACUGAAUCAACUCAAAGGGGAGAGAAAGAUCAACCUAUUUCCACAAUCAACGAAGUAUCUUCUCCUCAUGAACCUGAAGAUAUACUGAAAAUCGAAAAUCAUCAUGAAAUAGGAUUAGAUCUAUAUCAACAAUCUCAAGGAUAUGAAUAUACCAUUGAAGAUAAUAAGUCGAUCCUAAGGAAAAUCGAUUGGCGUAUUUUACCCAUAUUCUGUAUCACUCAAGGAUUAGCUUUCUUGGAUAAAACAGCUAUCAAUUAUGGGAAUUUAUUCGGUAUGAAAGCUGGCGUCAACGUCACGUCUUCUCAAUUUAGCUGGUUCGCAUCUGCUUUCUACCUUGGUUAUCUGGUUUCUGCUUGGCCGGGUAAUAUCUUACUUCAGAAGUAUAAUACUGGAAGAGUAAUGGGUACAAUCUGUUUCUUCUGGGGAAUUAUCUGUGCCUCCACUGCAGCAUGUCAUAAUUUCGCAGGAGUACUUAUCAAUAGAUUAUUACUUGGUUGUUUAGAAGCUGCCGUCACUCCAGGAUUAGGCUUGAUGACUCCUUUAUGGUGGAAAUUAGAUGAAAUUCCAGUCAGACAUCUAACUUGGUAUAGUUUUAAUGGUUUUGCAGGUAUCAUAGGUGGUUUAGUAUCUUAUGGAAUAGGUCAUGCGACUGGAUCAAGUAUACCAACUUGGGGAUUAAUCUUCAUCACAUUCGGUUGUUUCACUUCUUUAUGGGGUAUAAUCAUCUUGCUUUUCUUACCUGAUUCUCCAGCUUCAGCGAGGUUUCUGAACAACGAUCAGAAGAUCGUAGCUAUCAAACGAGUAGCUGAGAAUAGGACUGGUACGAAGAAUACUGAAUUUAAAUGGGAGCAAGUCCGAGAAGCUUUCAAAGAUCCAAAGACAUACUUCCUUUUCUUCGCUUCUGUGGCCGCUCAAAUACCUAAUGGAGUAGUAACCAAUUUCUCAUCUAUCAUUAUAUCAGGUUUCGGUUUCAAUCAACUUCAAACUACUUUACUUGAUAUACCAUCUUCAGUUCUCCAAAUUAUAUCUUUAAUCCUUAGUGGAUACUUUGCUGGAAAAUUCAAGAAUUCAAGAGCUAUAAUGAUGUUUAUCGGUAAUGCAACUUGUAUAAUUGCAGCAUGUUGUUUGACUUAUGGACCGAAAUCGCAAACUUGGGGUAGAUUAGUUGCUUUUUGGUUCACUGGAUUCGCUAGUGUUGGAUUUUCAUUAGGAAUGGUUAUGAUUACUGCUAACGUAGGAGGUUACACCAAAAGACAAACUAUGACAGCUGUAAAUUUCGUUGGAUAUUGUAUUGGAAAUAUCGCCGGUCCACAUGUGGUAAUAGGUGAAGAAAAAGCUUUAGGUUACCCAACCGCUACAAAAGCGAUGAUAGCUGGUUAUUCAGCGAAAACAGCGUUCCAUCUGGGAUUAGGAUUCUACAUGUGGUAUUGGAAUAGAAGAUGGGAUAGAGAAGCCCUUGAGAGAGGUGAAGAUAUUGAUGAUGUUGAUAGAGCCAAAAAGGCUGAAUUGAUCGGUAUGACUGAUGCUACCGAAUGGAAUAAUCCAUAUUUCCGAUAUUGCCUCUAA